AUGUGCAAUAAUACAUUCUCACGUGCUUCAUACCUUUUCUUUUUGUCUCAGUAGUUAGCCAAAAUCAGAUCUACAGUUGAAUUCGUUAUGCCAGUCCCUUUUCUGUUGGGUUCCGUACCAACAAAUUUAAAAAGUAUUCAAGAAUACCUUGAUGUUGCUGCUGAUUAUGAAGCAACAGAUGUAUCUGUUAGCUAUUGGAGUAUGACUUAUGCUCUUCAGCAAGGAUUUAGUCUAGUCAAAGAUAAAGAAGACCUGGAAUUUUUGCUUGAUCUGAUGGAAUGGCUUGGGGGAAGGAAAGAAGAACUGAAGUCCCUGAAGACAGUAUGUGACCUAGUUGAGGCUCAACUUCAUGUUGAAAAUGUUGCUGAUAAUCUUUUAACCUGGGCUGAAAGUGGAUUCCAGCUACUCCCCAUUAAUCGGUUCAACAAAAUUGUUGGUGGGGCAUUCUUAAUUGCUAAAAUAUUGCUGGAUGUGUGCUCAAUCUUUGGCGAGCUAACCAAUGAAAUGGCCAAAAAGAAAAAAUACGUCAGUUUACACACUGUCGACAUGAAGAAUUGCACAACUCUGUCCUGCACUGAGACGAUGCCUAACGUAUUGUCAACAUUGAAGCACAAAUCUGACCCCCAUCCCGUUAUUUCAGAAAUAAAUGACCUGAAUACCGAUACAAAAAAGUUAUAUGACCGAAUCUUUCUGUUGAAUUUGAGGAAUCAACCGUCAUCUAUGAAGCAACCCCUAGGAUUUCUUACCCAGGAAGUUUUGCGUAUUGGACAUAGUGAGGCACCCAAAAUGAGAUACCUUGACUACGAUUCAUUAGUCAUACGGAAACGGUCAGAAGAUGAUAUUCGUAAACGACAGAAUAGCGCAAAUUCAAAUACCCAAAAAGAAAAUAGGUUAACGAAUGUGCCUGAUAGCCCAGUAAAUGUUGCCUUGAAGAAGUUCAUCGAGCUGCUGAAUGAGCUGAAUCCAUCAACGUGGAAAAAGCUAUUACCAAUGAUCAAAGCUUCCAGAAUUAACAGUGCAAAACGAUUGUCGGAAAUCACCAACUUAAUUUUUGACAAGGCUAUUGAGAAUCCGAAUUUGUUGUCCGUUUAUGCAAAACUUUGUCGAGUCUUGUGGUUCCGAAAAGUUCCUUGUGCCUCAAGUCCAAGUGGAACAUUAUACUUUCGUACCAUGAUGCUGGCCCGUGUCCUGAAAGAAUUUGAAAAGGCGAAAACAAAUACCAUCGGAGCCAAAACCGAAAAGGAGGAAAUAAAAAAAGCCGAAACAGUACAAUCCAAUUCUAUCGACGAUCCCCAAGAAAACCAAAGAAUUAACAGCAUUUUCAAGGAAACGAAAAAGGGGGAAUUAGAAAAAAAUGGAAGGAAAGACACUUUUGCCAACAUUAAGUUUAUAGCAGAAUUGUUCAAAGUGAAACUAGUUGCUAUCCACGUUAUAAAUGAGUGUAUAGUUUGGUUAUUGAGCCAAAAUGAAGACGAGAGCGCGCUGGAAUGCCUCUGUUCCGUCCUGGUUGCCAUCGGUAAGGAACUGGAAACCCCUAAUGAAAGACCAACAGCGAAUCCGAAAUAUUCGGAAGCUAUAUCUUCCUAUUACCAUACUUUGGAAGCCAUCCUAGAUAAAAACGUGAUAUCAGACCGUGUGCGUGCCUUGGUUCGAGAUGUCAUUGAUAUGCGCAAUAGCGGAUGGCUGUCUCGUCAUGAAAACAGUUUAAUCAAAAUCGAGCAAGAUCCCAAUGAGUCCGAAGAGCAAGGCUUGAUAACGGAUCUGUCUUUCGAAAAACCUUCCAAUUUCAUUGAUGAUUUGUCUCAUAAAGGCAAUAUCCUCCAAAAUGGCGAAGGAGUUGAACAUACCAAGCAGGAAAUCGGACAGAUACUUGAAACACUGGAAGCUUAUCAUAAACCGGCCGCUUCAGUUGAAGCUGAUGAAACAUCUUGCUCUUUGCUACAAGAAGCCGCUACCCUGUCCGGCAUCGAAAUCUUAUUUGACGACAGAGAAACUCGAGGCGGUGAGUUGAAUGGUGGCCAUAAACGACAAAAUGACACUGCGAGUCUGGAAGCCAUGAAAACAUGCGGUGAUGUUUCGUGUGAAAGUCCAACUGAGAAAUUGAGCACCAACGCUUUUCAGCAACGCCUGAAACAAUACUUUCAAGAGGAAAAUAAGUCUACUACCGAUGAAAUUUGCAUUUGGAUUCAGAAAGAAUAUGUUGGUGAAAUUGAUUCUACUUUCAUCCGUGCAUUGAUGACCUGCAUUAUAGAGACAUCCAUCGAAGGCAACUUG